GUGAAACGAGGAAAGCAAGUGAGAAAGAGGCAGGAAGGGAAGCUGAGACGGUUAGAAAAACUUCUGUCUGCCAAUAGGCGUAUAAAUGCGUCGUAUAUAUUAGUUAUAUAUAUAUAUAUUUUAAGUACAUACAGUAUAUUUUAUUUUAGUAUUUAUUUUUUUUAGUGUGAAAAUAAAAGGAAAUGGCGCAGCCAGAUCAGAAGAAGUUUUUUGAAAACCUCUCCGGUGCAGGGAAAGCCAUAGCGGUGCUGACAAGUGGAGGAGAUGCUCAAGGUAUGAAUGCUGCUGUUCGAGCUGUUGUGCGUGUGGGAAUCUAUGUUGGAGCAAAAGUAUAUUUUAUUCACGAGGGAUACCAGGGUUUGGUGGACGGUGGGGAAAACAUUGAAGAGGCCAAAUGGGAAAGUGUCUCAAGCAUGCUACAAGUGGGUGGGACUGUCAUUGGGAGUGCCCGCUGUAAGGAAUUCCGUACCCAUGAGGGGCGCCGUGCGGCUGCCCUAAACCUGGUGCUGCGUGGGAUCACAAACCUAUGUGUGAUUGGAGGAGAUGGAAGUUUAACUGGAGCAAACCUUUUCCGUGAGGAGUGGAGCGGACUGCUUGACGAGCUUGUUCAACAAGGAAAAAUUGACAAAGAAUCUGCUGAGAAAUACUCCCACCUGAACAUUGUGGGGAUGGUAGGAUCCAUCGACAAUGACUUUUGUGGCACUGAUAUGACUAUUGGUACAGACUCUGCCCUGCAUCGAAUCAUUGAAGUUGUGGAUGCAAUUGUGACUACUGCACAAAGUCACCAAAGGACAUUUGUUUUGGAGGUCAUGGGAAGACACUGCGGAUACCUGGCUCUAGUGAGUGCCUUAGCCUGUGGAGCAGACUGGAUGUUCAUCCCUGAAAUGCCCCCAGCAGAUGGGUGGGAGGAGCAGAUGUGCACCAAACUCUCGGAGAAUCGUGCACGAAAAAAAAGGCUGAAUAUCAUUAUUGUAUCGGAAGGGGCGAUUGAUACUUCCAACAAACCUAUUACGUCAGAACACAUAAAGGAUCUUGUUGUUAAAUGUUUGGGAUUCGACACACGAGUAACAAUACUGGGCCACGUCCAGAGAGGAGGAACACCGUCUGCUUUUGACAGAAUACUGGCCAGUAGGAUGGGCGUGGAGGCUGUACUUGCCCUGCUGGAGGCAUCAGCUGACACUCCAGCAUGCGUCGUUUCUCUCUGUGGAAACCAAGCCGUCAGACUACCCCUAAUGGAGUGUGUACAGAUGACUCAAGAAGUGCAGAAAGCCAUGGAUGAAAGGAAGUUUGAGGAAGCUGUGCGGCUACGUGGGAGGAGUUUUGAGAACAAUUUAAACACUUACAAGCUAUUGGCACACCGGAAACCACAAUCAGAACUUCCAAUUAGUAGCUUUAAUGUGGCUGUCUUGAACGUGGGAGCCCCAGCUGCGGGCAUGAAUGCUGCAGUCCGCUCAGCUGUGAGGGUGGGCAUCACUGAGGGGCACAAGAUAUUUGCUGUGAAUGACGGGUUUGAAGGAUUCGCUAAGGGGCAGAUUAAGGAGAUCAAGUGGGGGGAUGUUGGUGGCUGGACUGGCCAAGGUGGUUCCCUUUUGGGCACAAAACGAACGCUUCCAGCAAAGCACCUGGAGAAAAUCGCAGAGCAAAUGAAAGCAAAUCAAAUAAACGCAUUGCUGGUGAUUGGCGGAUUUGAGGCCUACCUGGGACUCGUGGAAUUGUUAGCUGCACGUGGGAAAUAUGACGAGUUCUGUGUCCCCAUCGUUAUGGUUCCUGCUACUGUCUCCAACAAUGUACCGGGUUCAGAUUUCAGCAUUGGUGCAGAUACAGCUCUGAACGCUAUUACUGAUGCAUUUGAGUGUUUGCUGCAGUUAACUGAGGCACGUUCCCGCUAUGAGGAGUUUUGCAUCCCUAUGUGUGUGCUGCCUGCUACCAUUAGUAACAAUGUGCCAGGCACCGAUUUAACUAUUGGUGCUGACACUUCAGUCAAUGCCAUUGUGCAGACCUGUGACCGCAUCAAGCAGUCAGCCAGUGGGACGAAGCGUCGUGUGUUUAUCAUUGAGACAAUGGGCGGAUACUGUGGUUACCUGGCCAGUGUGGGGGGUCUGGCUGCAGGGGCUGAUGCAGCCUAUAUAUUUGAAGAGCCCUUUGAUAUUCGAGACCUUCAGGCUAAUGUGGAGCACUUGACAGCGAAGAUGAAAACAAGCAUCCAGCGAGGUUUGGUGCUGAGAAACGAGAAUUCCAAUGAGAACUACACAACUGACUUCAUCUAUCAGCUCUAUUCUGAGGAAGGGAAGGGUGUGUUUGACUGCAGGAAGAAUGUUCUUGGUCACAUGCAGCAGGGCGGUGCACCUUCUCCAUUUGACAGAAACUUUGGAACAAAGAUAGCAGCUAAAGCUAUGCUAUGGAUUUCUCGGAAACUCAAAGAGACCUACAGAAAAGGAAGAGUUUUCGCUAAUACUGAUGAUACGGCUUGUCUGUUGGGAAUGCGCCGUCGUGCUCUUGUCUUCCAACCAGUUGUCGAGCUCAAGAAUGAGACAGAUUUUGUUCACAGAAUUCCAAAAGAGCAGUGGUGGCUGAAACUCCGCCCACUGAUGAAGAUCCUGGCGAAGUACAAGACCAGCUUGGAUGUCUCGGAGUCUGGUCAGCUGGAACAUGUGGUACGCCAUCGUCGGCCAGAAGAGUCUGAAGGUGUACCUGCCUAAAUGGACGGACCACAAGCAUUUAGUUACUUUAGAUCUCUUUUAGCAUCAACUUUGCAAGAGCACUUAAAAAAACUAAAUAGCUUUUAACGCUAAUGUACCAGCACUUAUCCUCCUUAGACCCAAGGGUCCUGUUAAUUAUUUUUUUUUUUAAAUAAAUUGUAUUUUCUUGACCUUAAGCUGUAGGUGAGUUGAAAGAUAAAGGUCACUAAAUCAGGCGUAGGUAACCUUGGCUCUUCCUAUCCAUUCUACUGCAGGACUUUGUUCUAACCAGACCCAAAUUAUUUAAUUGACCCUGUUUUGAUUUAUACUGAAAAUUCAAAAUUCUACUUACAUUGAUACAGGGAUUGAGGAGGAUAUGGGAAACAAAGGGUCCUGUUAUAAAACAAAUAUAGACAUACCAGGAACUAGUUUGAUCAACUUUCAUUUACAAGAUGUUCUUCACUGCUUGCCAGUGCAGAAAAGCACUUGCUUUAUUCCACUUGUGUCGUUUUGAAUGUCCAUGUAAUUGCACUUUGUACCAGGUGUUAGUUUGUGUGAUGUGUUAGUGACACCAAUACAAUAAUAAAGCUGCAAACUUGUUCAAAA